GAGCUACCCUGAGAACAUAGCGAUGUUUUGCUUUCCGGAUGCGUGCAAUUGGCGCCGGAAGACGGGAGGCGCCGAACUGAGUCGUGACAUUUCAACGUGCAACUCGUAUUCGAUCGUGUUGACGAGUGACAAGGGCGAGCGAACGUUCGGCUAUUGCCGUCGUAUCGUUCCCGACAGCCAGGAGAACAGCACUCCGUUGGCCUACUGCUUGCUGUCGAAAAUCCGGGCUCACGGGUUCUAUGACAAGCUCAUGACCGUGUUAACAAGUCGACACGGAACAACGGAUGGUCAAAUGCAAACUUUCCUCACUCUGGUUGCGCGAAAACAGAUGCCUUCGCCUGGUCAGUCCAUCAGCUUGCCGUCCAUCGGUGCCGUCUUGAGAAAUGCUUCGCCGGACGUGAGCCCCACGCUGCAGGUCAUCAAUGGUCAUCAUGCUUCCCCCAGUAUUAACAGCUCAUCAUCGCCGAAUAACGGAAACGCGAUGAUUACCAGAGCACUUGACGAGCGGCUGGAGGAGUCGGACAUUGCGGCACUGGUGGAGACGCUUGACCACGGAUUGCUGAUGAAGAUCUACGGUGCAGUGUUGCUGGAGCGGAAAAUCUUGCUCGUAUCCACUUCGAUGAAGCGAUUGUCAUCCUGUGUGCAAGGUCUUUCGGGCCUCCUCUACCCGUUCUCCUGGGAACACGUUCUCGUCCCGAUUCUUCCGCUGUCGUUGAAAGAUGUCGUUACUGCGCCGUCUCCGUUUCUAAUCGGACUUCUGCUACCUUCGAACCACGCUGGUGGUGACUUUGUGCGAGACCUGUUCGCAUCUCCGGAACUCAACUCUGAAGGA